AUCAAGAUGAUGAACCAAGACUUGGUGAGAUUGGACCGCUUUGAUGGCACCAAUUUCACUAGGUGGCAAGACAAGGUGAGGUUCCUCCUAACUAGACUCAAGAUUGCCUAUAUUCUUGAGUCCACCUUGGGCCCUUACCCGCACCUACCGACAAGGAUACCGAUGAGGUCAAGGCACAAAGGAAUAAGAGAGAAGAUGACAAUCUUCUAUGUAGAGGACAUAUCCUCAACUCACUCUCGGAUAGGCUUUAUGACCUAUACACCGACACUAAGGAUGCCAAAGAAAUUUGAGAUCACCUUGAAAAGAAAUUCAAGGCCGAGGAGGAAGGUAAGGGUUAAGCUUGGCUGGUGGAGUAGUGAGUUAGGGUUCGGCAAGGAUUGUACAUAUCGUGGCAGUGCAACCUGGAGGGUUUCGAUCUUAUCACAUUUUGAGUUUUAUUUUAGUAUUGCCCUGUAAUUUGUAAAAUAAUAAUAAUAAUAUAUUAUAACUUUAUAUGUUGCA